AUGGAUAUUCAGCCUUUAAGCAAGGAUCUCUUUGAAGAGUUUAACUGUAAAUUGACGAAAUCACGCUAUUUCAACUGCAAUAUGAUUGUGCGGCGCAACAUUGAACAGUUGGACGUGGAGGCAACCCUGGAUAUGCUAAAGUCCAACAAUCAGUCGAUACGGUUUUUUCAAGAAUAUUUGGAUGUGUGUCAAUUUUUUUCCACUCCGCACAAGAAUCGUCUGUUUGGUUUAGUCGCAAAGCGCCUGACUAAUAGCUUAAAUGGAAGCCUAAAAUGCCCGGUAGUAGCUAACUUCAACUAUACACUUAAUAACUAUUAUCUGGCGGAAACCGAUUUUCCCAACUAUGUGCCCGAGAGUCAAUUCAGGACCAUGAUGAAAUUCUAUACAUAUAAGAAGUUAAUUCUACGAUUGGGCUUCAGCGGUAGGGUUCAGUAUAAGAAGUUAACAACCGACUGA